CUGAUCCUAAUCAUCCUCCAUUGAAUGUGAGUGACUUUAUUGAGAUGAUGGCUCUACUCCAAUCUAACAACAGCGACAGGCUUGAAGAGGAAUAUCCAGAUAUUGAGUUAGAGUGGAAUUUCACCUCUUAUGCUGCUAAACUCCCGAUCAAUCACGGCAAGAAUAGAUACGUUAACAUAAUACCAUAUGAUCAUUCUCGUGUUACUCUUAAACCUGAUGGCAAUCCAGGAUCUGACUAUAUCAAUGCCUCAUUCAUUGGAGGUCUUAAUUCUCCCAAGGACUACAUAGCUACUCAGGGUCCCAUACCAGCUGCCUUCCCUGACUUCUGGAGGAUGAUAUGGGAGUACAAUGUCCCCACCAUCAUAAUGGUUACGAACCUCAAGGAAGAUGAUAAGAUAAAGUGUCAUCAGUACUGGCCUUCCUUUGGAGCAGCUAAUUACGGUAGCUUCCAAGUGACGUUGAAGGAAGUUGAGACUGUGGCCGACUAUGCAAUUAGAACAUUCCAACUACAAUCU